AUGCCCUUAAAUGUAUAGUUCACUCAAAAAUGAAAAUGUAUCAUGUACUCAUCUUUAUGUUGUUCCAAACCCGUAUGACUUUCUUCUGUGGAGCACAAAAGAAGAUGUUAUUCCAGAAUGUUAGGCUCAGUCACCAUUCACUUUCAUUGUGUGUAAAAAAAGAUGCAAUGAAAGUGAAUGGUUACUGAGGCUGUCAUUCUGCCUAACUUUUUUGUGUCCCACAGAAUAAAGUAAAUCAUACAGAUUAAUGAUGGAGUUCAAAAAACAGAAUUGUCAUUUUGGGGUUAACUAUCCCUUUAAGAUGAAUACCUUGUGACUUGAUGACCCAGCUGAUUUUUGAAAGCAGCAAUAGUGAUAACAUUAGAAAUGAAAUCUUUGAGUCUUCCCUGUACUCAGUGUAGGUGUCUUAAUUUUAGAAGAUAUAUAAUUAUGACGCUGACCUUUUCACAUCUGUCUUCUUAGUCUGGGGGCCGUAGCCAUUAAUCACUCUUUUAAAGUGGAGAUUAUUUUUUGGAGCAAACCUGUGGCAGGAUGUUUGUACAUUUAUCUUUGACUGCUCCUAAACAGUUUGGCAUCUUUCUGUGUGUAUGUCAGAUAUGAAGUGAUGGUUCGCCCAAAAAUAUCAUUUUUGUCAUUUACUCACCCUAAUGUUGUUCCAAAUUUCCAUGGCUUGCUUUCUUCCAUGGAACACAAAAAUACAUUUUAGGCUGUAUGUUAGUCUCAGUCACCAUUCACUUUCAGUGCAUCUUUUUUCCGUACAAUGAAAGGGAAUCUGGACUAAAACCUUUUACAUUCUGCUAAACGUCUCCAUUUGUGUUCCAUGUAAGAAAUAAUGUCAUACGGGUUUGGAAUAACAUGGGGUUGAGUAAAUGAGCACAGAAUUUUCAUUUUUGGUUGAACUAUCCCUUUAAGUUUAAGACCAUCAGAUAUUAGCAGAAGUAGCUACAGAAAACUCACAAUGGGUUAAUUCUGUUAAAGCGUCUAUAUUGUUCUAACCACCUUGUGACUUGAUGAAGAUAUGAGAACUUUUGCAUCACAUGCAUCAGCCACAAUUUUUGAAAAUAUGUUCAAAUCUUGUUUCCACGACACUCCUAAACAUUCUUAAAACAAGGGCCCAAUUACAAGAAAACCCUUAGUUAUAAUCAUAAGACUAUUGUCACAAAAGUUUUUUUUUUUUUUUUUUUUUUUUUUUUUUACUAAAAGAGUUAAUUGCAACCAGCUAAAGUUCUUUACUAGUUCUUUGCAGCACCUGUUUCUAUCAAGAACCAUUUUUUGCUGUGUAAUUUGCUUGAGUUAGCUAUAUAGUUUGAGGUCUGGUUCUCUUCUGGUAUUGAGUUUGUCACUGACUCUCAGUGCUGUGUAAUGUGUGUGAUCGCUUUGUUUAUAUCUGUGACUGUAGCAUGACCCUGAGUUCCAACGGUGGCCCAUAUAACUCUUUAUUGUCAAAUACAGCAGAUAAAUAAUGCAGUGACAACACACAGCAGGCUCUGUUUGAUCAGAUAUGAUUAUCUUUCUGACAGGCCAUUAUUGUUAAUGGAUGAAUAAUUAAAUGGUCAUUAGAAUUGACAUGCCUUUAUCUGGUAAAUUGAGAGGCCAACAUUCUCUCCCUCUUUUGCUAUUACCUAAGCACCGUUGUAAAGAUUUUUAUAAAUUAUUUAGUCAUUAUCUGCUCUGGCCUUAUGGAUUUUCCAUGUAGUCAGGAUUUAUUGAUUUGAUGCCUGUUUUUUAAAGAUGUCAUUCGUUUAAUUGGUAGCUGGCCUCAGGCAAACUGAAUCUCAAAUUGAGGUAGUUAAUAUAUCAAGUGUUCCCAUCAUCUGUGAAUUUUUUUAGGAAAUCAUUUUAAAUCUAUAUACUUCAAUUAAUAACGUACAAGGAAGUUUAAUUGUUCACCUUAUUAAUCCCAUGAGGGAAAUUGCAGAUAAAGCAAAAAGAAGUAACAAGUUCCUUGAAAUCCUUUGUGUUAAAAACAGUGAUGUUGCUAACAAUGUUAAAAGCAAAGUUAAAAAACUAUCACAAGCUAACAGUAAAAGCACAGAGCUUCUUAAGCAUCUCAUUAUUUGUGAUGCUUGCUUAGGCAUAGCAGGGCAUUAAAAACCACUUGGAACACCUCAACAACUGCAUUACAAUUCUCUGGCAACCACCCACAACAACUUUGCAUCUUGGUAAUGACGUACUGGGUAUGCAUUGGCAACAGCAACUUCAUGAAUUUUUUCUAAUUUUGUAUAAUAAUAAUGCAUGCAGCUUUUAUAACCUUAUAGUAACUGGGAUAGCCUACUACAUGGAAUAAUAUUUGAACUUUUAAAUAUUCAUCUGUUACACUGCAGAACCAUUUACAAUGAACUAGUGAAGUUAAAAAUGUGCUUAAAAAUGGCAACAAUCUUAAAGAAAAUGGUGACCAUUUACAAGAACUGCACACGUUGUUUAUACUCCUUAAAUUCUAACCUAAAAUAGUGAUGUGGCAUUAAUUUUUACUCAAUGAUUUUAACGCAUUUGUCAUUCUGAAGAACAAAAUGGCAACAUGGCUCAAACAUUUCUCCUGAGCCUUUGUGUUCAUAAAUUUCCAUAAUUUUUUAUGAAAUUUGAUUGGUAAAUCUUUGGUGGUCUUCUAAAAAAAUAGCAUUAUUUUAGCAAAUAUGAAAAAAGCAAAUGUUUUAUACUUGUACAUAGGACAUUUAAGGUAUAAUGCAGUUUCCCCCCUACAAGCACACCCGGCCCCAGCCUGGCCCCCCAGUUAAAAUGGUCAAGAACCGCCACUGAACGUGACGUAUAUGGAGUCCCACUCUCAGAUCGCUGUUGAGGUGAUUUAAUCUUGAGUACACAUACAGAGUUCCAAAAACUGUACUCUGAGAUCUGCAGAUCUUUUUGAGUUUCAGCUCCUACAUGGUUCCUCAUGAUGUCCAUCUCAGGCUGACUCAGUCAGCAGGUUUCCUCCUCACCCUGAGUAAAGCUGAAGGAAUGAUGAAAUCCCACUGCAACAGGGCCGCCCUUAACUUCUGUUACCAUCAGCUAACUGCAACGUCAUUUGCAAGAGGUUUUACUACUGGGUGGGUUUCUUAGAGAGAAAUUAUGAAUGCUCUUUGAGAAAAAGGAAGCCAUGUCAUUCUUUGGCUUAGACUGGACACGGAGGAAAGAGAAAGAAGUGGAGAGGAAAAUCAGAGCAAAUGACAGAGAAUUUAACUUAUCCUUUAAAUAUGCUACCAAUGCCAUCAAGACCUCCAAAUACAACCUCUUCACCUUUCUGCCCCUCAACCUGUUUGAGCAAUUCCAGAGAAUCGCCAAUGCCUACUUCCUCUUCCUGCUCACCCUACAGGUUAUUCCUGCUAUUUCCUCUCUGCCAUGGUUCACCACUGUUUUCCCUCUGGCAUUGGUACUGACAGUGACUGCAGCCAAAGAUGCCAUUGAUGAUAUUAAUCGCCACAGAAGUGACAGGCAAGUGAAUAACCGUAAGGUGGAUGUGCUCAUCAAUGGAAAACUGAUAAGCGAGAAAUGGAUGAAUGUGCAAGUGGGUGAUAUCAUCAAGUUGGAAAACAACCAGUUUGUAACAGCAGAUCUGCUACUGUUUUCCAGCAGUGAACCUCUUAACUUGGUCUACAUUGAGACUGCAGAGCUUGAUGGAGAAACCAACCUGAAAGUGAAACAGUCUCUUACUGUAACAGGAGACAUGGGAGACAAUUUAGAGGCUUUGGCUGCAUUCAGUGGGGAGGUGUGUUGUGAGCCUCCUAAUAAUCGUCUGGAUCGCUUCACGGGCACGCUGACUUCCGGCACGCAGAAACACUCAUUGGACAAUGAACGAGUGUUGCUGAGGGGCUGCACACUCAGAAACACAGACUGGUGCUUUGGCAUGGUGCUGUUUGCAGGUCCCGAGACCAAGCUGAUGCAAAACUGUGGGAAAAGCACCUUUAAGAGGACCAGCAUUGACCGGCUCAUGAAUGUACUGGUGCUCUUUAUUUUUGGUCUCCUUGCUCUGAUGUGUAUUAUUCUGGCUGUGGGGCAUGGGAUCUGGGAAUACCAGGAGGGAUCAAAGUUCAAUGCCUUUCUUCCAAGGGAAGAGAACGCUGCAUUUUCAGCCUUCCUUACUUUCUGGUCCUACAUUAUAAUCCUCAACACUGUGGUGCCCAUCUCACUUUAUGUCAGUAUGGAGGUGAUUCGUUUGGGCAACAGCUACUACAUCAACUGGGACAGGAACAUGUAUCAUGCUCGAACUGACACACCUGCUGAAGCUCGUACCACAACACUCAAUGAAGAGCUUGGUCAGAUCAAAUACAUCUUCUCAGACAAGACCGGCACUCUAACACAGAACAUCAUGACAUUCAACAAGUGCUCCAUUAAUGGGAAAUCUUACGGAGAUGUUAUUGACCACUACAGUGGACAAAGACUGGAGAUCACAGAGGAAAUGACACCAGUGGAUUUCUCCUUUAACGGACUUGCCGACCCAAAGUUCCUUUUUUAUGAUCACAGUCUGGUACAGGCUGUAGAGUUGGAGCUUCCAGAGGUUCAUGCUUUCUUUAGGUUACUCGCUCUCUGUCACACUGUCAUGGCAGAGGAGAAAAAGGAGGGUGACUUGGUGUACCAGGCCCAGUCUCCUGAUGAGGGCGCUCUGGUCACAGCCGCACGUAAUUUUGGCUUUGUCUUUCACUCUCGGAGCCCUGAGACAGUGACAAUAGAGGAGAUGGGGAUUCAGAGGAGCUAUGAGCUGCUGGCUAUCCUGGACUUUAACAACAUACGCAAAAGGAUGUCUGUGAUUGUUCGUAAUCCAGAGGGCAAGCUCUCCCUGUACUGUAAAGGAGCAGACACUAUCAUAUUUGAGAGACUGCAUCCCUCCUGUAACAAACUGAUGGAGGUCACCACAGAGCACCUCAAUGAAUUUGCUGGGGAGGGGUUGAGGACUCUUGUUCUAGCCUAUAAGGAUCUGGAUGAGGAGUAUUUUGCAAAGUGGAAACAGCGCCACCAUGAGGCCAGUAUUGCACUAGAAGACCGGGAGGAGAAACUGGACCAGCUGUAUGAAGAGAUAGAGAAAGACAUGCUGUUAAUUGGGGCCUCAGCCAUCGAGGAUAAACUCCAAGAUGGAGUUGCUCAUACCAUUGAGCAGCUGGCCAAAGCAGAAAUCAAGAUCUGGGUGCUUACCGGGGACAAGCAAGAGACAGCUGAGAACAUUGGCUAUUCCUGUAACCUACUAAGGGAGGAAAUGAAUGAAGUGUUCAUUGUUGCAGCUAACUCACCCGAGGAGGUCAGACAGGAGCUGAGGGAUGCCCGUCUAAAGAUGUGCCCUGCUACCGAACAAGAUAAAUUCCUUAUUCCUGAGACUAUCCUGGGUAAUACUCCUAAAGUGGUGCAGGAUGAAUAUGUGAGCGGAGAAUAUGGACUGGUGAUAAAUGGACACAGCCUGGCAUUUGCUCUAGAGAGCAGCAUGGAGCUGGAGUUUUUGAGGACAGCGUGCAUGUGUAAGACGGUAAUCUGCUGUCGGGUGACUCCUCUGCAGAAAGCUCAGGUUGUGGAGUUGGUCAAGAAAUAUAAGAAAGCGGUCACUCUAGCCAUUGGAGAUGGAGCUAAUGAUGUGAGCAUGAUUAAAGCGGCUCAUAUAGGUGUGGGCAUUAGUGGUCAGGAGGGGAUGCAGGCAGUGCUGUCCAGUGAUUUCUCAUUCGCACAGUUCCGUUUCCUGCAGCGCCUCCUGCUGGUGCAUGGACGCUGGUCGUACUUGCGUAUGUGCAAGUUUCUGCGUUACUUCUUCUAUAAGAACUUCACCUUUACCUUUGUGCACUUCUGGUACGCAUUUUUCUGUGGCUUCUCUGCUCAGACAGUAUAUGAUGAAGGCUUUAUCACUCUGUAUAACUUGGUAUACACUGCCCUGCCGGUUCUGGGAAUGAGCCUGUUUGACCAGGAUGUGAAUGCCGGCUGGAGUCUUGAGUUUCCGCAGCUGUAUGUGCCGGGGCAGUUGAGUAUGUACUUCAGUAAAGGUGCUUUCAUGAUGUGCGCACUUCACAGCUGUUACAGCUCUCUAGUGCUCUUCUUCAUUCCUUACGCUGCCACAUACGAUACGGCGAGAGACGACGGGAGAGAUGGCGCAGAUUAUCAGUCAUUUGCUCUGAUAACUCAAACCUGCCUCACUGUCACUGUGUGUGUACAGUUGGGACUGGACCUCUCAUACUGGACUGUUGUGAACCAUCUCUUUGUUUGGGGAAGUUUGGGAAUGUUUUUUAUAUUGACCUUCACCAUGUAUACCGAUGGACUGUUCCAGUUACAUCCACCUUCUUUUGCAUUCAUAGGAACUGCCCGGAAUUGCCUCAACCAGUCCAAUGUUUGGCUUACUGUUGCUUUGACAGCUGUAUUGUGUGUGCUGCCUGUGGUUGCUCACCGGUUCCUCCACACUCAGAUCUCUCCUACCAUCAACGACAAGGUGAGGUAUAAAGUUCGUCAGAUGAAGGAGCCUGCUCCACGUCCACGGCGUGCUAAGCUCAGCCGCAGAAGCACGCGACGUUCUGGUUACGCCUUCUCUCACGCCCAAGGCUAUGGUGACCUUGUGACCUCUCGCAGGUUUCUGCGACGACCUGCACCUGCCCGCUCCAUGGGCUUAACUCCCACUGGCCGAUCUCCUGGGUUUAAGCCCACUGGUCGAUCUGCGGGGUACAGUCCGGUCGGGCGAGAACAGAACCCCAAACAGAAAGUAGAACCUACGUCACUGCAGAUGUUCCGUGCUGUUAAAGACUCUUCCUUUUAAGGGUAGAAUUUGCUGAGCUUUUGAAGCAGAGCUGGAACCAAACCCUUAAACAUUGUUUAUAGGGUUUGAACUCUUGGGGACAAUUUUACUACUGCUGCCCCUGCAGAAAAGACAAGCUUAGUCAAGCAUGAAAUUCCAGGCUGGUUUUGUACUGGUUUGGUGGUGGUUAAUCAGGUGGAACACAGCCAUCCUGUUCACCAGCAAAACUUAGCUGGUUGGCCAAGGAAGUCUCACUGGUUAAGCUAGUUAAGAAGCCUGGUAGAGACACCAGCGAACCAGCAUCCAAAACGCAACAUAUUCUUGUUUAACAGCUAUGCUGGUCUUUUCAGCAGGGGUGUUACGUAAUGUUGAUAUGUACCGUAUAGAAGUACAUGUACACUAAGAACAGUGGACUAGAUUUCUAAAUGUACAAAGUAUUGUUAGUAACUGUGCACAGACACUUCUGUCGAUCUGUCCCGGAAACACACACACUGAAAAUGCACAUGGUUUACAGUAAGGACGAACUGUCAGAAGUAUUCCUCAUGCUGAAGGGCAGCAAGUACUUGUCCUCUCUACUUUCCUCACUACCAUGGAAGCGACAGACAUACUGGAAUAUAGGAGAGCAAAAAUAAUCAAAGCAGAGCACAGUGAUGUGUUAAAGGGAGUCAAAACAGUGAAAGGCGUGAAAUAGACUGUUCAGUUCAAAACCAUCUAAACACUGCAUUUCCUGUUUGCUUCCUCUUCCAGGUACUAUGUUCAUUAACGCCCUCUGACAUGAGUGCUGAGUUCAUGCUACAGCACACCCUACAUGUUAGUAACUGAAUUACUUAAAGGGGUCAUAUCACAUUUUUUUAAUAAUGUAUUUAUGUUUUCUCUGUUGCUUACUUAUAAUGUUAAUUAAGUUUUCUUGCACCAAAAACAGACAUCAUUAUUUUUUCAUGAUCAUCUCACCACCUCUAUCAUAACUUUAGAAUAAUAGUCUGUUUUUAGGACCCAUUGUUUUUUUGUUUUGUUUUUUCUCCCCUUUUCUCCCCAAUUUGGAAUGCCCAAUUCCCAAUGCGCUCUAAGUCCUUGUGGUGGCGUAGUGACUCGACUCAUUCCGGGUGGCGGAGGAUGAAUCUCAGUUGCCUCCUCGUCUGAGACUGUCAUUCCGUGCAUUUUAUCACGUGGCUUGUUGAGCACGUUGCCGCGGAGACAUAGCACGUGUGGAGGCUUCACGCUAUUCUCUGUGGCAUCCGUGCACAACUCACCACGUGCCCCACCAAGAGCGAGAACCACAUUAUAGUGACCAUGAGGAGGUUACCCCAUGUGACUCUACCCUCCCUAGCAACCAGGCCAAUUUGGUUGUUUAGGAGAACUGGCUGGAGUCACUCAGUACGCCUUGGAUUCGAACUCGCGACUCCAGGGGUCAGCGUCUUUAAUCACUGAGCUACCCAGGCCACCCUUUAGGACCCACUGUUGAAAUAUAUACAUCAUAUUAUACUCUAUGAGAAUAAUUCUGUAAAAGCAAAAUCAUUUUGUAUAAAUAAAAUACUUUUCUACUUUUUAAAAGUGUAAGCAUGACCAAGUCCUGAACACACAGCUGUUACUUCUUUUGAUUAUAAUGUUUGUUUUGCUUAUCCUUGUUAUAUGCAUACUAUACUAAAAGCGUUUAUUUUGAAAACAUCUUUUUAACUGCUGUACGAUAGAUAGAUAGAUAGAUAGAUAGAUAGACAGGCAAGAAAAUGUAUGUGAACCCUUUGGAAUUAGCUGGUUUUCUGUAUUCAUUGGUCAUAAAAUGUGAUCUCAUCUUCAUCAAAUUAACAAGUAUAGACAAACACAAUGUGAUUAAGCUAACAACACACAAAGAUGUCUUCAUUGAACACACCCCAUUAAACAUUUACUGUGCUGU